CGGGGCAGCGAGGGGCCGGAGCGGGGACUAGGGCCCGGACAGCGAGAGGCCCGAGCUGAUAAGGAGAUCACUGAAAUUAAGUCAUGGCUUCCAUGUUGAUGCACACGUUUAGAAACACACCCACCGGCGGUAUAUGGGCUGCAAAAUUAAAUUUACGAUUUUUGAGCUCUGUUUCUCAUACUCAAACCCAAGUGAAAUCAAGCAGUAAGAAAACUCUCGCAAAACCAGGGUUGAAAAAUGUUGUGUUGGUUGAAGGUGUCCGAAUUCCAUUUUUGCAAUCUGGUACCACGUAUGCAGAUCUGAUGCCUCAUGAUUUGGCCAGAGCAGCACUACAAGGGCUACUUACAAGGACCAACAUUCCAAAAACAGAUGUUGACUACAUUGUAUUUGGUACUGUUAUUCAGGAGGUCAAAACAAGUAAUGUUGCUCGAGAGGCUGCACUUGGAGCUGGAUUUUCAGAGAAAACUCCAUCCCACACAGUUACUAUGGCUUGUAUUUCUUCAAAUCAAGCAAUGACUACAGGGUUUGGCCUAAUUGCUUCCGGUCAGUAUGAUACAGUGAUAGCAGGUGGUGUGGAAUUCAUGUCUGAUGUUCCCAUUCGUCACAGCAGAAAAAUGAGGAAGACCUUGCUUUCGCUUACGAGAGCUAAAACAAUGGGACAAAGAUUGUCUCUCAUUGGAAAAAUCCGCCCAGACUAUUUCGCUCCUGAGCUUCCAGCAGUAGCUGAAUUCUCCACCAGCGAAUCAAUGGGGCAUUCCGCAGAUAGACUUGCAGCAGCUUUUGGCGUAUCCCGGAGAGAACAAGAUGAAUUUGCUUUGCGUUCCCAUUCUUUGGCCAAGAAAGCGGAAACUGAGAAGCUUCUUAAAGAUGUCAUUCCGUUCAAAGUGCCAGGCCGUCACACUGUCACCAAAGACAAUGGAAUUAGACCAUCCUCUAUUGAACAGCUGUCUAAAUUGAAGCCAGCCUUUAUAAAACCACAUGGAACAAUUACUGCUGCCAAUGCUUCUUUCCUGACUGAUGGUGCUUCAGCUGUGUUAUUAAUGUCUGAAGAUAAAGCACUGGCUAUGGGCUACAAACCACUGGCUUAUCUAAGGGACUUUGUAUACGUCUCCCAGGAUCCAAAAGAUCAGUUGCUGCUUGGGCCAACAUAUGCCACUCCGAAGGUUUUGGAGAGAGCUGGAUUGAGCCUUGAUGAUAUUGAUGUCUUUGAGUUCCAUGAAGCAUUUGCUGCCCAAAUCCUGUCUAAUUUGAAAGCUAUGGAUUCUGAGUGGUUCGCAAAAACAUAUAUGAACAGAAAUUCAAAGGUUGGUGUUCCUAAAAUGGACAAGUUUAACUGUUGGGGUGGUUCAUUAUCCCUGGGACAUCCUUUUGGUGCCACCGGUUGUCGCCUUGUUACAACGGCUGCUCACAGACUGAUCGCAGGAGGUGGACAGUAUGCACUGAUCGCAGCUUGUGCUGCUGGAGGACAGGGUCAUGGAAUGAUUGUUGAAACCUAUCCCCAGAAAUGAAAUCUGCUUUUCUGAUCAGUGCAAUAGAAAAUUAAAUGAAGAGCCAAAAUAUCCUGCUAAUCUGAGCAGAUUCCUUUUGAAAAUACCAUCCACAUUUGUCAAUAAAAAAAAUUAAACCAUUGAAUCUGUAUCUCAAAUAAGGAACUUUGGAGAGCUUUUAAUAUUUGACUUUCUUUCUGUACAUUACAAGGCUAGUCCAUCUUCCAGCUAAGAAUAUAGAUUAUUACUGUUGAUUUGUGGAUAUUGCAGAGGGACAGAGUUGCAUUAAUAUCAAAUUGUGCCUUACUCAUUAAUAAACCAUGAACUUGUUA